CGGCACCCUGGGACGAUGACUUUGACGCACCUAUCGCGGGGCCCUCGUUCAUCGAUCGCGUGCGAAACGCCCCGGACGACGACGAAGGCGGCGACUUUGCUAUGCACGACGGCGACGACUUUGCAGCUCGGGGACGCGGUGGAGCUGGGCUGGCGGUGAUGGGGCAGGACGUCGCGGAGGAGACGCCAUUCCAGCAGCUGAUAAGGCACUGGAUGAACGAACGGCACGCGCCGGACAUCUUGCCCGGGCAGGAGAUGUUGCUGGGCAGGAUCUUGGACCAUGUGAGGAAGCAGUCGAACGACGUCGAGCUCCUGAGGGCUGACCCGGACUCUUCAGAGGAGGAGCACUUCCGGAUCAUGCUCGUCCAGACGGAGGUCGAGCGCGUCAAGUUCAUCGUGCGGUCGUAUAUCCGCACGCGACUGCACAAGAUAGAGAAAUAUGCGCGGUACAUCAGCUCGGCGCCAGACGUGCACGAACGACUGUCGAAGGCCGAGCUGGAGCACGCGAAAAGGUAUUCGCGGCUAGUGGAAUAUCAUUUCAAGCAGUCUGUCCUACAGAGUCUGCCUGAACAGCAGCAGAGCCUGGAUGAAGAGGUCGCUUUCAUGCCGCCGAUGGUGGCGAAGCCAGACAAGAAGCGGCCGGUGGUCGCGCGCGCGUUGGUAGACUGCCCGCCUAUGAGAUUACCAGACGGCACGUCGACGGAGAUGAAGAAAGGACAGAUAUCGAUGACGCCAUACUACGUCGUAGAGCAUCUCUUGCUUCGGGGCGAGGUCGAGCUCGUAUGAUGUUCGUCCAAGACCUGCGACAGUGGAUCAGAAAUACCGUGUCCAUUCUCUCUCCGACGCCUCGUAAUUCUCUAUAUUCUAUAUCCAGGACACUUCCUUGGUGUUCGUACGCACACG